AUGUAUCCUGAGAGAUUGUGUACCGAGGCAGAUAGCGAAGAUGUACAUUGGGUGGGAACCAUGUUCUAUAACCAGAUGUAUUUCCAUGCUGUUGUUUCCGCGACCGAAGCCUUUUUCAACACACCGGGAGAAGGUAGACGUCUACUGAAAUCCCAAGACCAUUCUUUGAUGGCAGUUCAGCUUCUGCAGAACAAAGUAUCUGAGGAGAACAUGACAGAUUCUGCUUCAGAUACGACUAUCAUGUCUGUUCUCUUAUUAGCCGUUGCGGCGGAGAUGGCUGGCGAUCUACCAACGGUUGAUCGUCAUCUCCGGGGUCUGAAGAGAAUGAUUGAUAUGAGGGGUGGAUUCCAACUAUUGCAGACAGAAGUACCCGAUCUGCUUGCCAAGAUUUGUCGCAGGAUCGAUCUCGCCCUUGCCGUGAGAACAUGGAGAGGUCCCGUGUUUUUCCACGACUCAAUUUCUUGGACCCCGUAUCUGAUGUCCAACUGCCGAGGAAGCGGAGAGAGUGACGCUGCCGAAACUCGCCUGGCUUCAUGGAUCAGCACACUAGAAUACAGGCUACGGAUAGUAUGGGAAGACCUCGUCGAGUUUUGCUCAAUGAGUAACUCGGCAUCUCAAAGAAAUCAGAAGAUGCCUCGAAAUACAUUUAGCGAGAUUCUGCUUUCUCUAGUAUAUCGAUUGUUGAAUCUUUCUUACGAAUUAGACUCUGCAGAGGAAAGUAUUCGCCUUGGCAUGCUGGCAUACACAUCGAUGAUGUUCCUCCAAUGGCAUAACCAUAUGGUCGAAUUUUAUCACCUGCGGUGCAUGCUAGGAGCGACGUUGAGGAAUCUCGACAAUGAAGAUCCCGGGGCUUCUCUGCCAGUGAAAUUAUGGCUCUUCUUCACGUGGCAUAUGCUGCAGCCUCCAGAAUGCGAGUAUCGACAACUGGAUAUCUGGUUUGAGAGACUUCUACGUGCUGGUGGUCUGUCGGCCUGGUGUGAAGUACGGCAAUUACUUCGAUCAACAGCAUGGAUUGAUCACAUCAACGAGGUUGAUGGGGAGAAGAUAUAUAGCCGCACAAUGAGGCGGGUAUCGCAACGAUAG